UUUAUAAGCAUUAUAGCAGGCUUGCAGUAUAAAAUACAAAUCAGGAAAACACUAUCGAAAUGGACGAGCUAAUGAGGCAAAAAUUGCCAGCUGAUACCAAAAAUGAGAAGCAGGAACUAACCUGCAGUGUGUUGUUUACCAAUCCAAAGUUCAAUCCCCAGAAACCUUCCUCUGGCGAUGAAUUGAACUCGGUGACGCGGCUGGUUUCCAAAACCGAAGAUCUCGAACUGGAUCGGGUCUUUAACGGAUUUUCAAAAGACGGUUCGACAAGGUCUCUGAAUCGAUCUCUCUUCGAAUUUGGUCAUAAUUUCGAGGAUGUUGAGGGCUGGCUAAAAAUGGAGCAGCCGCCAAAGGAUCAUCUCGGAUCGGUGCUUCGCUAUAUGAUACAAAAUCAUCUGAAGACCACUGUGCAAAUAGAUAUCAACAAAAUGUACUUUAACUGUCACUUCAUUGUUCUCCAGGUCUACUCCCGAUUCUUCAGCGAGCUGAAGCAGAUUCCCCUGCUGGUGACUCUUCCCGAGGAUCUGGUCUCCCAGAAGGCCUUCAUGCUCAUCUACAAAUGGAUGCUGAGCGAUGACCCCGUCCUGGAUCGUCGCUAUAUUGUGGAGAUCUUUGUAGCUGCAACUUAUCUGAGGAUUGGCGAUCUGCAGGCCCAUUGUUGGCAGUAUUUCGAUGAUCCGCAAUACUAUAACGAGGAUUCGGCUUGUAUGUUAUAUGUAGAAACGCACUACCAUCCCGCCUUGGACGUGGUUCGUAAUGUAAUGCUGACCAGAAUCAACAAGUUCUUGCUCACCUUUGUGGCUACAAAGGAUUUCUUGGAUUUGCCCUUAUCCCAUUUGAUAUUCUUGCUCAGUUCCAAUAGGAUCUGUCUAAAUACGGAGAUUGAGGUAUUUUUUAUAGUUGUUCGAUGGCUGGGACACGAUUGGAGCAAGAGAAGUGCGCAUGCGCAGCGCCUAGUGCCCUGUAUUCGGUUCUCACUGAUGCCGCUGUGGUAUCUUCUAUAUGUGCGGCGAGAAGAAGUACAUCAGUUGGUAAAGGAACUGAUUUCUUUACCGGAAGUAGAUCAUGAAAUCAACGAAUCUAUUUCGAAAAUUACCUCGCGAAUGUAUGAAGAAAAAAUUGCUGCCAUGGAGGGCAAUGACACCCUGGCUGAGGAAUACAUCAUAGAAUCAAAACCUCAGCCCCAUCGCACCUGGAUAUACGAUUUAAAGUGCAGCUAUUACCACUGUGUGGGUUGCCCCAAUAGCCGUGAAAUCCGUUUUAGUCACUUUGAGGAUUACCUAACCGAACUACAGCAGUGUUCUCUAGAUCACUGGUCUAAAGUGGAGUUGGUGGAUCCUUAUACAAAAACUAAUUGUUGUUGCCCAAAGAAGAAACUAACGGAAGAUUCAUUAUCAGACACGACUAAUACAGAACCCGGAUGCUAUCUAAGAACAUCAGCCGAGACAGAAACCGGAUGCGAACUAAGAACAUCAGCCGAUACAGAAACCGGAUGCGAACUAAGAACAUCAGCCGAUACAGAAACCGGAUGCGAGAUCAGAACAUCAGCCGAGACAGAAACCGGAUGCGAAAUAAGAUCAGCAAAUACAGAAACCGGAAGCGAGAUAAGAAGAUCAGCCAAUACAGAAACCGGAAGCGAGAUAAGAAGAUCAGCCAAUACAGAAACCGGAUGUGAACUAAGAACAUCAGCCGAGACAGAAACCGGAUGCGAACGAAGAACACCAGCCGAUACAGAAACCGGAUGCGAGAUAAUAACACCAGCCGAGACAGAAACCGGAUGCGAGAUAGGAACAUCAGCCGAGACAGAAACCGGAUGCGAGAUAGGAACAUCAGCCGAGACAGAAAUCAGUGCUGGAAAUAUACUGAAAAAUUAG